GCAGCAGGCGAAGGACCGAGGAGUGCGCCGAGUCCCGGUCCCCCUCCUCCCCUUGCCGCCGGAGCGGUGCAUUGUGGAGGGAGCCCGCGUCCCGCCGCCGCUGCCGGGGAAGCCUCCUGCCAUCGGGAAGCGCCGAGGCUGGGAGCUGUCCAAGGUGCCGGGGGCCCUGCGACACCCCCGCCGGCUCCGGCCCUCUCGCCUCCUCCCGCCCUGCCCGCGGCGCCCGGCCGGACACGAGCAUGGUGUUUGCUCCAGGUGAGAAAUCUGGAAAUGAACAAGAAGAAGUUGCGUUACAGAAUGCCAGCAAACAGAUUGUGCAAACUGCCAUCCUGCAGGCAGUUCAGCAAGUCUCUCAGGAGAGCCAACAACAGGAGAAGAAAGUAAACAGCAGUGUGAGUCUGCAGUUAGAAAGAGGGGAAUUAACCAAGAAGCACGAAAAGAAGUAAAAGAGUGAACUAUUUGUUUCGAUCCUCCAGUUGGCAGUGUCUCCAGCUUUCCUCUUAGUAUCACCUGUGUUGCCAGUGCAAUGUUACUACUGUAAAGCAAACCAAAGUAUAAUCAGCACCUAGACAUAGAGUAAAGCUGCAAUAGUCCUCAACUGAGAAAUAUUAAGUGCAUUAGGUGACUAACUUCAUAUUUAUGCAGUGCCUCUUAAACAUAACAAACAAAAAUACUGUAGCUAUAAAAGAGUUUCAAGCACAAUCUCUUCUUAAGGGAUGGUUUUAUAUGCAAAAGCUUAUUGUUAGUGCACUUCUGUAUGAAUCUUAUGUGCAUCAUCUGUGUCUGUUCAAUUGGCAGAUAUCUCCACUGAGUUACAGAUUUUACUAGGGGUUGUCUAUAUCAACUAAACAAUAUACUGUAGAGUGUAGGAGAUGCAUUUUCAGGAUCCUUGAAACACGAGUUUGUGUUUUAUUUUGAUAGAAUGUGGGCUGUGCAAAAUAGCAGCUGUAAAAUGGAUUUGGAAAGUUUCAUGCACAAAUCUCUUUUCAAUCUUUUUACAAAGUACAUUAUCUAUGACUAUAUAGUUCACUCCUUAUGCUGCAGACGAUGCAAAUAUCCAGCACAUUUCUAAUCUUUUGCACAAAAAUCAUUUGUGAGCCUCAGAGAUUCCUUUAAUUUUGCCAAUAAUAAAAGAAAAGAACCAGGGUAUUAUACAGCUGCCUAAUUCUUCCUCCAGUUUUGCAAAUUCAUGUAUGCUUAGAUUUAUAAUAACUAAUAGAAUUAAAAUAGCUAAAAUAUGUAAAGCUUUUGAAUUUAUGAAAAUUCAGGAAGUUGAAAAUACACUGAGAAUAAAUUUUGUGAUUGAAGACAUUUGUUUCCCAAUUGCUGGGUCUAAAAUGACUGCAAGUAUUUGCAAUUUUAAUAUAGAUUCACAUUAUAUACAUGUACACUAAAGUAAAAUGCCCUUAAAAAUGCCCUUAAAUGCUAAUACCAAAUUGAGAUAGAAGUGCACGAAGUCUACAUGAAAGCCAAAUUAAUUCAACAUGACUUUUUCACUUUGUGUUCAGCUGUUGAAUUGUAGGUUGCAUUCCGAUACCAGUGGAGUGAAGAUGCAUUUUACACCAGGCAAGAAAUGAUCUUGCCUUUGCCUCAAAUGAAUUUCUAUAAUACUGGCCACAGUGAGCACAAGCUGUAGCACAUCUAUAAAUAUUUCACUUGGGGAAAGCAGAUGCAGCGUCAGGAGUCUGUGAAGAGGGAGAAAAACUUUCCUAAAUGCAUUUGCUACUCAGUGAGACAUUUCUCAGAGUAUUCUUUCGGUUUAUAGAUUAACUGGCUAUUACUUGGUGCACCCUAUUGCUAGUACUAAACUACUGCCAGUGCUAAACUUCAAGGUUCUUUCUCAUGGGCUGAGGUUUAACUCCGUGAUAACCACCCAUCCUCUAAUGUUCUGCUUUGUUCUAUUGACUUCUAUUGAUCAAUGCUGAUUUAAACGAGAUAAUGAUCUGGCCCAGUCCAAAUCCAAAUAAUUCAGUUUUUCUUAACCCUUAAAUGAUGGAAAGCUGAACUGAACUGCAAUGAAACAUCCUCAGCUUACUCACAUAGGUUUUAGUUUUUAUUUAGUGAAUUUCACUAAUCAAAGACAGACAAAAACUAAGAGGAGGAAGAAGCUGUUGUGUUGUUGUUUUUUAUGGUCAUAUGACAGAUGGCUGAUGGGAGGUAUCAACCUUGAGCUGAGAGAUGGCUCCUGUCUAAACAACCAGCAUAUCACUAGUUUCUCUGGAAAAGUAGAUCAAGAGCAAGGUCCAAUUCUGAGUUUGGCGGGCAGAAAAGGGCAAUUUAGAAUAUGAUGUUAGUUUGGAGUGACUCCAUAGCUGGAGGCUGAGGAUGCUUUUCAGCCACUGAAAUUCUCACUUGGAGUGCAAAGGAAAGGAGAUGCCCAUCAUCCCUUUAAGGAUAUUUUUUUCUGUUCAUAGAAAACAUCCCAGGUUUUCCUUUUCCUUCCCAAAGUUGCUUCUAAAUUGUCUUUUUAACCCAAACAAUCUUGGCUUAUAUACAUAAAAACCUUCAGUGCAGUUUCAAAACCCCUUGAAAUUCUGGUUCUCAAAACUAAAGUGCAGUGUGUGUGUCAUGUUCCUCCUUAGCUUAGUGGCAAUAUGGCCUCUCAGAAUUCUAGAUCACUUUUCAUUAUGUUCAGUGCCUUAGCUAUUCUUAACACUCUUUUCCACAGGUAAAUCAUGUCCACCAAUUCCAUUGUUAUGACAGAAGUCUGAGUUCUGGGGAAAAGGGAAAAGAAUUCAUUCUUUGAUCUAGCUGCUUAAUUUUCAGAUUGAAACUAUUCAGGCCUAGGUCACAUUAGAUUAAAACUACAGAUGGGGCAUGGAGGAAGCAUUGAAAACAAUAGUUAUCUAAAUAGUAUAGUUUCUCUCAGAAGUACAGUGUGGGUCUCAUAUCCAUAGUAUGUAUCUGUAAUACAUAUUGUACACUUAGUCUCUUCUGUUGACAAUGGGAGUUCCCAUACAUGGGUUGCACUCAGAAUAUGUAGUUAUGAUUUGCCCUGUGUGUAAGCGAGCAGCAGUGUAGCUCACAGAAGAAAAUUUUACCCUAUCUUAAUGCAUAUUCAGUAUGGUAAAGAAGCAUAAUCUGCUUCUUGGUAUUUGGUAGGAAGAUUAUGUUUUUGGACAAAAAUAACUGACUAGAAAUUAUUUCAGAUAAAAUGGAGGCCUGUUUACCAAUACUCAAAAAUGGCGGGUGGUGCACAUCGCUAAUGGGUGGGUGUAUAUCAGCAGCAGCAGAAGAAAAGCUAUCUUCACUAGACGCUCUCUCAUAGUGCACAGAUAGCAGAUCAUGGGGGAAGUUGAAUGCAGUGUUCAACCCAAACACUCAUCUUUUAACAGAGUUUGAGACAAUCAAAAUAUUUAAAGUAAGAUAUAGAAUAAUUUCUCACACCACUUGAAGAAGAAAUAAAAGGAGAUAUGAAUAGAUAGAAGUACUCAUGCUCAGCCAAAAACAAAAAUGCUAAGUAAGACUGGGUUCUUCCGUUACUAUCCCCAGCCAUGCUUAUUGAUAUCCUUCUUGUUAGGUUAACUUCUAUAACUUAUUUCCAGGUAACUGAGCUGCACUAUAUUUGUGAUCAAACAUUUCCUCUAAAGAUUUUGGGAAAAAUAGAAACAAAGCGUUGUGUCUAAUUGCCUGUGCAAUGUAUGUCCAUACUUUUCAUCUAUAAUUUGGAAACACACUUGUUUUAAUUUUAGUGCAUAUGCAUUUUAUUUAUGACUUAAAUUAACAUUGUUGCUAGAGUUCAAACAUCUUGUAUAUCUGUUGGUAAUAUCACAAAAAGUGCAUGAAACAUUUUAAUUAUAGUUACUGUUUACCAUUGUGUCUAACUGAUUCUCCACUAUCAUUACAGCACCUGAGAAUGGAAAUUGUCAAUAAGAAUAAACAUACAAAGCAGUUAAGAGAGCCUCUUACUGAAGGAACUU